AUGUCGUCUAAUGGUAAUUCUGAUAUGAAUAAAAUCUUAGUGACAAAAGACAAAGAUGAGGAUGAUGGCAAAUAUCUCAUUCUUCUCGUUUAUCUUCUUGAGGAGAAUGGUUGUUGUGGAGGUGGUUAUCAUGAAAAGUCCUUGUCAAUUCAUGGUGGUGUUUCUGGUCAAUCUUUUAAUGAGAUGUUGGAACAAGCUUAUGAAUCAUUAGAGGUAGCUAUGAAAGAAGAAGAUCGUAUUCCAUUUGAUAUCAACGAUAUCAAGAAAUCGGUGAAUCUCAUACAUUACGAUCGUGCUGAAUACGAAAUUGCACUUGAUUGUGUUCAAGAAGAUUUGAAUAUACAAUUGGUCAUAUUACCAUGCUAUCAUUCCGAACUGGCAUUAUCACGACAACUUCUUCGUCGCCUUCAGCAACAUCAAUGA